GCUCUCCUAAAGCAGCAAAUGAAGUUUAUAGGCUAGUUGAACACAUGACUAUUCUUGUCUACGGUGGGAAGUCGGGCUAGUGUGGCUAGUCUACAAAUCACACCUACCUCCAGCAAGGGCAACAAAGCACUUGUUCACGGACAGUCCUUGGAAAACCGUGGUCUCUGGACGUGGGACGGAAGGACAAAAAGCGGUCACCACUACUAAAACAUAAUCAAAUUAGAGGUACAUUUCGUAGCUGAGCAAGUUUUAAUCUGUUAAUUUCUAUUUCUCUGACCUGGCCUCAAUCUUUAAGGAUACAAACCUAAAUUCAGAAAAAACGACGCUCCAUUUGGAACUGCAUCAAACGCCAAAAACCUAGCUGCUUUUCCUACUUCUCAGUGCGCUCGAAGAGUUCCGGGCUGUCUCAGGUCCCUCACCAUCAGGGAGAUAUGUUUGAGAAGCAGCAUUACGACAGCCCUCCAGUCUACAGUCCGCCAUACACCCCAGCCUCCAAUGGCUAUGGCCCCCCGCAAAGCUACCACCCCCCCAAGAGUGAUUUUGAUCCCUACCCACCCCCACCAGGCUCGUACUACAUGGAUGAGAAGCCCCAACACUUUUACAAGUGGUUCUCCCCUCCCGGCAUCGUCAAGGCCAUGUUUGGGACCAUCCUAGUGCUCUGCCUUGGAAUCUUCGCAUGCGUUGCCUCCACACUGGUCUGGGACAUGCAGUAUGGGAUGGGGGGCGUUGGAAUGGGCUCUUACGGUGGAGGGUUGGGCUACGGCGGAGGUUACGGAGGAAUUGGGGGCAGUUACGGCUCGAGUUAUGGAGGAGGCUACGGAGGAGGCUACGGUUAUUAUGGUAGCUCCUACCCAACACCCUACUCGGCCAAGACCAGCAUGAUCGCCAUGGCGGCCAUCAACUUCUUUGUGGCGCUGGGAUUCUUCGUGGCCACUUUCUCUAAAUCGACCACAUUCAGAAGCAGAAAGUUCUACCUAGUGGUUCUGGUGGUCAGUGUGAUUAUGGCUUUUAUCCAGGGCAUUAUCAACAUUGUGUAUAUCGUGGGGGUCAACCCUAUGGCACAGAGCUCUCAGAACAUGAUCUACAACCCCAUGCUGAUGAUGUGCCAGAACCUGUAUGGAUCCAGCUACUCCAGUAUGGGAGGUGUGGGGAGUUUCGGCAUGUACAACCAGUACCUCUAUCACUACUGCUACGUGGACCCGCAAGAGGGUGUGGCUAUGGUGCUUGGGUUCCUGGUUACCACUGCAUUGGUCGUGGUUGCUGUCUUCUCACAGAAAACCAGAAGCAAGAUAUGGCGCUACGGCAAGCCCAACAUCUACUGGGUGCCACCACCUGUGACUGGAGGUUUAAUGUCCGAUGGAAGAGAUGUGGAGGACUGGGUGAACAAUGUGGAGGACGUACAAAGUACCCAGGAUGCACCUACUGUGGUGCUUUCGGAGAAGGCCGUCCCUCUUAAUGCUUCAGCCAAUAGUGUCCUCUCCUACCCAACCAAGCCUGACAGCUGUGUCUACACAGGAGACGCCUACAACGUGUAUACAGGUCAUCGGACUAGCCGUCCCUCAGACCAGCCCUCUCAGAGGGCCAGUUCCAGCCCCUCUGAGGAGGCAGGGGGGGUCAGGAAGCCCUCGGCCAACAGGGGGAAGAGGCGCCGGCGCAACCCUGAGCUGGACGAAUCACAGUACGAGACUGAGUACACUACAGGGGGUGAGACUGGUAACGAACUGGACCCGGAGGAAUGGGAGAGGAUCUACCCAGAGAUAAUGUCGGACAACCAGCGUCAGGAGUACAAGAGGGAGUUUGACGCAGACCUGAGGGAGUACAAAAACCUGUGUGCUGAGAUGGAUGACAUCAGUGACCAGAUGAACAAACUCAACAGGCAGCUGGACACACUGGACGAGAACUCUGCCAAGUACCAGAUUGCAGCAGAGGAAUAUAAUAAUUUGAAGGAUGUUAAGAGGACACCAGACUACCAGGCUAAAAAGUUGGAGUGUCGCAGGCUAAGACAUAAACUGUUCCACAUCAAACGCAUGGUGAAGUCUUACGACAAGGGCCACUCGUAAAGGUCCACUGACCGUUGUAUAUACCCCAGCCAUGUUCUCAUGCCAACACAGCACUCGUGGACAUGAACCUAACAAGACUAUUUUUACAACACAACGACUAUGCAGAACGCUGGAACCAAAGUUGCCUUUUGGCAUAGAGACACAACGCUGUGGGCAUACACACAUCCACAUCCGACCUAUGCACAAACACAUACACACCUAUCCGCCAACAAAGAAGAACAAAUACGUGUACACACACACUCAUACAAUAAGGUUCUGGGCUAUUAAUAUUAAUGAAACAGAUGUGACUCCUAGCUAUUAAUCUCAUGCCUGUUUCUAUCGUCUGUAUUUAGAUGGCUCCAUACACUCUCAGAAAUAAAAGUUUAGCUGUUCCUCUAAAGGGCUGCAUAUCACAAGAAUGGUACCCUGUUAGGGGAUCCACUGUAGCUUUAGUGACAGGUACCCUAUUUUAUACCUUUCAAAAUAACUUUCCUAAAUAGAGUCCACAGAAAUGGAUAUCUACCAUAGAGCACAAACUUGUACAACAUUUCCAAUCAUGGAUAGUAAAAAAUAACUAUCUGUACGUCACACGCCUAACUAAUCUAAUAUUAUUUCAGUGUGCCUUGUCUUGACAAGAGAACUGUAGAUUGGCCAUCAACAAAUGCAUUUGUUAGUGACAGAUAUAACAUAACCCAGUGGGUUCCUAGGGUGAAUGUUAUCAUAAAAUGUUAACUAAUUAUGCCAAUACAUCACAAAGUAUCUCGAGAGGCUGUAUUUCAUGAUCUAGCUUUAGCCUGAUACAGCAGCAUGAAACCCAUAGUUUACAGGGCAUAUCUCAUCAGGCCUGUGAGUAGGGGUGAAAACAUCUUAGUAAAACUGCCAAGAUUCCUAGAUAUUGUGGUUGAAGGAUUCUUGUUUUCCAGUUAAAGGCCUAUUCAAAUUAUGAUAGUUUCAUUCAGACUAACAAAAUGUGUUGCAACUGUGUUAUUCACUUGCAACCUGCAAGGUUGGCAACAUUGUCAGGACACUACACAAGCCAUUUAAACUGGAAGAUCUAUUUCAGUAACAUGUGCAAAAUAACAAAUUGAUUGGAUUAGUUUAGAAAAUGUUAUUUACUUUUUUGGAACAUAAGAUUACUAAAUUAGUAUACAUGGAAAAACUCAGAUUAACAUGAUAAAAAAUGGAACUGCAGUAAAGCCAGUUGGGCAAUGCUGAUGGUAAAUAUGCCUUUUUUUGGGAACCACCCCAGUAAGAAAGACAUUUUCUUUCUUUUAGAUGGCAAAGAUAAUUUAUAAUUCAUAGGGUUUGUACCCAGGGAAACCAAGAUAAGCCUUCACAGUUUACCUAUUCUAUUGAGUGUGUAACUGAUUGUGUUAUGUGAUUGUACCGUUUUAUAUUCAAAAUAUUGAGUACCAAAAUAUUGUAUCUGCACAUGUAUUUUUAAAGGUACCUAAAAGUAUCAUUUGAGAUCAAUGUGUGGAAUUCCAAAGGUACACUGUGUAUGGAUUAGAUUUUGUUUUAACUGAGGGAACAAUAGUGUCCUUAUUUCUAAGAGUGUAGGCACUAUUGUAAUCUGUGGAGUUAAUACUUCAUAUCCAAACAUUGCCCAUGCCUUCCAGCAAUGCCAUAUUCGUCUUUUCUGCCUAGCAAAAUUGUCAUACUUGCUUACUUCAGCACUAUGGUCAAUUGGACUUGAUGGGGAUGGUUUAAAUGGGUUACUUAAAUGUUAUUUGACAUGAAGUGGUCUGCGCUGAAAGCUUUGGGCAUUUGAUAGUUUCUGUUUGCAUUAGAUGGGGAUAAUGUACAUUGUGUUCUCUUCUGAUAGAACAGAAUUACUCAACAUUGAAAAGGGCAAAUCUGAUGGUAGAGUAUGCACCAAAUCUUCUAGAAUGAAAUGGUGCUUUAUACUAUAAGCACUCCACAAAAGAAA